AGCACGUCAUGUCGUUACGCUCGACGUGCUGCGCUUGCGGAACAGGGUGUCAGCGUCCUUUCUGCAGCUGCAUCAGCUAGGAUUUGAAACCAAAUUUAUAGGUUAACAGCCAUACUAUUAACCUUGCAUGCAAUACUAACCUCUUGAAUGUAUUGGAGAUGUCUGCGACUGACUGGUACGCGCAUAAGUCGCUGGAAAAUGGCGUGUUUUGGAUCCAGGAGCGGUUUUAUGAAUCGGGGAACAGGGCGAAUAUCUGGCUCAUACGCGGGUCCCAUCAGGACAUCGUCAUAGAUACUGGACUGGGUUUACGGAGUCUGCCUGAAUACAUCAAUAGUAAAGGGCUGCUAGGGGACGAUUCGAAGCGCAAGAACCCGCUGUUAGCCAUUGGCACGCAUGUGCAUUUUGAUCAUUCGGGUGGGCUGCAUCAGUUUCAACAGGUGGGCGUGCACAAGGCGGAGGUGGAUGCUCUGGCUAACGGUGACAACUUCGAGACCGUGACAUGGUUAUCUGACCGUGAGAUCGUGGAGGAUCCAGCGCCUGGAUGGCGAGCAAGACAGUACAAGGUGAAGGCGGUUACGCCAACACAUAUAUUACAAGAAGGCGAUGUUAUCAAUCUUGGGGACCGGCAGCUUACUGUUCUCCACAUGCCAGGCCAUUCCAGAGGCAGCAUUUGUCUCCAUGACAAGGAGAACAAAAUGCUGUUCAGUGGAGAUGUGGUCUAUGAUGGUUCCAUGAUUGAUUGGCUUCCCUACAGCCGGAUCAGCGACUACAUCCAUAGCUGCGAAAGGCUGGUUGAGAUGGUCGAUAAAGAGGAGAUUGACCAAGUCAUGCCCGGCCAUUAUAACACUUUUGGGAGCAAGCGGCUACACCGGUUAGCCUCCAACUACAUCGCUAGUGCCGGUGCCUGCCACAGAGCCUCCACCUGUGUGGUGAAGUCCAUUGCCAGCCUGGCACUUCGAGCCUCUAACUCAAGAAGUGCCUGCUAGUAGUUAUGAUAAAGACUACUAUGCAACAACAUAUGUCAUUGCAGACCUCAAUAUUGAGCACACUGAAAACACUGAGCAAUACAGUGUGCUAAUGAUAAACGGUAUACAGUUUGAUACUAUUAUUUGUGUUGAUCACGGUUCAAAAUAAUGAAAAAAAUAUGCUGCAUAAUAUCCAUUAAAUCAUCAAGAAGAACAGUAGACAUUGUCAUAUUUUAAAGGUGCUUUUUGUAAUUUUCAACGCUAAUGUGUAGAGGUAUCUGUAAGACUACUGAAAAAAACAACUAAAUUGUCGAGCAGCUCAAUAUAGCAAGGUUGUUCUUUUUUUUUUUUGUUUGUCCCCCUUCAUUCCCCACACCAGUUAAGUGCAAAUCCAGCACCACAGCCCAUUUCAUUGGUCAACUCAAUCACACAGUCACCUGUCAAAAGGUCAGACUUUACUGAUUCAUUUUAGAGUUGUGAAAAAUCAUGGAUUGAUCCAGUUGCAACAAAUGGGUAUGCUAUCUGUCAGAAUGUGCUACCAACAUUACCACUUAUUUUACAGCACAGAGGUUGUUGAAAACAGCACAAAGCUGUAUUCUGUGAAGGUGCGAGGCUUCUGAUUCAUUAGCUGCUAUAGAAUAACUAGAAGAAUAACAAUG